UCCACCUUAUCUUAGCAUUAUGGAAUUGGCUUGCCGUUAAUCAGUUGGGUGAACCAUCCUACGAUCAUUAAUCAUUAUCUUUCAAUAAGGUGGACACCUCACCUAUUUUAGCGUGUUUGAUAUGUCGACAACGUGUGUGUACACAACUGAUGAGUCAGUCGACUUUCUCGUUUUCGAUCCCAUUCGUGUUGCUUGUUAUCAACCGUCUGUGAACCUCAGUACGAUUUUAUACCUUCGAACAAUCCGAACAGCGAACACAUGCAGCCGAACAACAAUAAAUUUAUUAUAACGAAGACAGAUCAAGCAAAACAAAAGUGCACCGCAGUGUUAUUGAACUUCCUACAACAUGCUCGCAAAUUGGCAAUAGGUCAAUGCAUAACCAGUCCGAUUUUUGAAAUGAAAUGCGCGAACAUCGGACACAGUCGUUGGAUGUUAAUUGUUUUCCCGGCUGGUCAAUACGAAUGCGAAAAAGAUAAUGGGCAGUUGAGCGUCUAUUUGAAGAUGAUGGAAUGUGAAUACGAACACGAACGUCUGCUCGUCGACGUGAAGUUCUUCAUUGGAUCGGAGGAGAAAUUCAGUAAAAUUGUUCAGGCGAGUACCUUUCAGUACAGCAACAGAAGAACACGCUGGGUGGGAACGAAUUUAACCAGUAGAUCGGCAUUUAAUGCGGAAUCGAGCAGUGACAAUUUAAUGAGAGACAACGAUCUGGUUAUUGGUUGUCGAAUGAUUCACUCAACCGUUUCGAAUGAUGGGUCAAACGGUGUUGAACUGAUACAGAUGCAGAUGUCGACAGUCGAGCAUACAGUUUCUGUUGGUAUCGAUGCACUACCGUCAGCGAAAAAAUCGUCAUCGCCAAUUAUUCAACCUCCAAUCACUGUAAUCGAUUCCACACUGCCGUCUAUUAUAAUCACAGAAGGCAGCAGUCAACGGCUGAAGCACAAAAAAAUACGCCGCAUAUUUUGUUGUUGACUCAAUUGUAUGUGGUUCAUUCACUCAGCAGGUAUAUUCUUAACUGAAAUUAACAUUAAGUCAAGUGGAAGCUUAAAAU